UUGGAGAUUUUGUUAUUAGGCUUUUUUUUUUUUUUGGGAGUAUGUUUUGAUGAACUUAUAUAUGUUUUUGGGAGUAUGUUAUUUUUAAUGGUGGCUAAGUGUAAUUAUUAAACCAAAUUGCUAAAUUAGUACUUAUAUGUAUAUAAUAAUAAUUUUUUUUCCAAAUUUUAGGGGACAAAGCCAAAGAAUGACUCCGUAUUUUGGAUUAUGGGUGAUGAAAUAUAACUUGGUUUUCACCAAUCUAAACACUCUCUCAUCUUUUAGGAAUAAUGAACUACAUUCCAAUAUAAACUCAGUUUUUAUAUGCUCAUAAGAAACUAUCUUUGGAUUAUGCUGUGUCCCUUAACUACAACCAUGCUUUCGCUUUUGUUCUUCUCUACCUUUCUUAUUCAACCUUCUUUGAGCUCCGUGAUGGACCCUAUCACCUUCUCUUUCCCCACAUUCAAUCCUGAAAGUUGCAGCAAUGGAGAGCUUAUUUGCAUGGGUUCAGCGACUGCAGUCGAUGGAUAUUUGAGCAUUACACCGGAGCCACAACACGGCAAUUUCACUCAGCUAAAAACCAAGGUUGGCCGGGUUCUGUAUUCCCACCCUAUGCUUGCAUGGCCAGCCAAUAUCUCAACCAUCUUCACUGUUAGAAUUUCUCCCUUCCAGAAUUCAACUGAUUCAGGAGAUGGAAUGGCGUUUAUUAUUGCACCAAAUCAUGAUCCAUCGCCACCAGAUAGCCAUGGCUUCUUUCUCGGAAUCCUUGAUCGGUCAACCGAAGGUGUUGUUCGGCAAUUAGCUGUGGAGCUUGACACCUUCAAGAAUGAAUAUGAUUUAGACGGAAACCAUAUUGGCAUUGACACAACAAACAUGAUUAAUCCGAUUGCAGCAAAGAGUCUUGACUACACUGGCAUUGAGCUCAAAAGUGGAAGAGAUAUCAAGGUCAAAAUUGACUAUGAUGGUUGGAAAAACAUGCUUCAAAUUUCAGUUGGAUAUUCUGGGAAACCAUUAGUGACCGUUCUCGAACAAUCAAUAGUCAUGUCUGACACAGUUCCAAGCUCCGUUUUCGUGGGCUUUACGGCUUCUACGGGGCUUGUCUCAGAAAGCCAUAAGGUCAUUGAUUGGGUUUUCACAUCAGUGCCAUUGCCAUUCUCUUCCAUCCACAAUGGGCAUGAAAAGGACCACAAAAUCAAGAAGACCGUAUUGGUUAGUGUUACAACAUGUUUCAUGGUUUUGUUGGUUAUAGUGACUUGCAUGUUUCUUCCAUCAGUUUUAAGAAAGCUAAGGAAGAAAAAUCAGAGAGAUCUAGAUAUAGAAACUCAAUCUAGGAAUGCAGCAAAUGUCCCUAAGAUGUUUACGUACAAGCAGCUUUCAAAAGCUACUCGCAACUUCAGCAAGGAAAACUUGUUGGGUAAGGGUGGAUUUGGAAGUGUUUACAGAGGUAUUAUCUCGGUUCCUCCAAAAGUCAUAGCUGUCAAGAAGAUUUCGGCAACCUCAAAACAAGGUGAAAGAGAGUAUAUGGCAGAAAUAUGCACCAUAGGACGCAUGCGGCACAAAAAUAUUGUGCAACUAGAAGGUUGGUGCCAUGAGGGAGAGAAUCUACUCCUAGUGUAUGAAUUUAUGUCAAAUGGUAGCCUAGACCGUUUCAUAGGAAAGGAGUUUCUUGACUGGGAAACUAGGUACAAAAUAUUGACAGGGUUGGCCUCGGCAUUACUGUACCUGCACGAAGAAUGUGGUAACCCUGUGGUUCAUCGAGACAUUAAGCCCAACAAUGUAAUGUUAGACUCUGAUUUUAAUGCUCAUCUUGGUGAUUUUGGUCUUGCAAGAAUUCUCCAAAAUGAUGCCUCUGUUACAACUAUGCUAGCUGGGACUACAAGAUAUUUGGCACCAGAAAUAGGCUUCAUAGGAAAGGCUACCCCAGAAUCUGAUGUGUAUAGCUUUGGCAUGGUAGUACUUGAAGUUGUGUGUGGGAAAAGAUCAAAGGAUAUCAUGGCUGAAUACGGUCUAGUAGACUAUGUAUGGAAUUUAUACGGGGAAAAUGAAUUGCUCGAGUGUGUGGACCAAAUGCUCCAAGGCAAAUUUGACGAGAAGCAAGUGAAAAGGACAUUGAUUGUAGGGCUUGCAUGUUUGAACCCAGAUUCAAUGUUCCGGCCCAAGAUGAGAAGAGUGGUGAAUAUUCUUAUGGACCCAAACGAGCCCCUGAUGAAUUUGCCAGGAAAUCGACCUAGUGGAGUAUGUGUAGUUUUCCCUUCUAAUUCUUCUACUUCCCCAACAGCCACUGAUAGCUCUGCAUUGCUUCAAUCAUCUAUGGCAUCGCUUAUGAACUCAAAUGAGCCCUUAAUGAAUUCGCCAGGAAAUCGACCUAGUGGACUAUAUGUAUUUUUCUCUUCUAAUUCUUCUACUUCCACAACAGCCACUGAUGGCUCUGCAUUGCUUCAAUCAUCUAUGGCAUCGCUUAUGAACCCAAACGAGCCCUAAUUGAAUGCCAGGAAAUCGACCAAGUGGAGAACAUGUAUCGUUCUCUUCCACUUCUUCUACUUCCACAACAACCACGGAUAUCAAUUUUGGCUCAAAAAGUGGCUCUACAUUGCUUCAAUCAUCCAUGCCAUCGCUAGAUGAGAUUGAGGUCCAAUAUGACUAGUAGUGACAUAAUGUUUUUGUCUUGAUAUGAUUGAUUCUCCCAUGAAACUAUUGAGCUGUACUUACUACUUGGUAGAAUUUGAAAUUAAAAUGUAUGACUAAGGACAGAGGCAGGAUUCCAAAUUAGGGGCUGUAGUAUAAAAGAAAAAUUAUUAUGAAACUCUAAUUAGUAUUAA